AUGGCUGAAGAACUUUUUACCUUCACUGAAAAACCGGUUUCCAACUACCUGAUUGCCGGGUGGCGGCGGCAGUGGUCGAACGGCGGCCGCAUCUCCAGCGGCUUGCCACGCUAUCUCAUCGACAAAAAUUCUGGUCGUCAAAUCGGCCAGAUGACCGAUUAUGUCAAUCAGAUGUGCUAUCCGUUUCAGGUGGCGGGCACUCACGAUGCGUUCCGUCCAUCGGCAGCCUUCCACGAAGGACUGCCCAGCGCAUCCAUGACACGCCAAAACGCGUUCUACGAGAUUGGCAACGGCCUGCUGGUCUUCCUUGGCGAAGAGCCCUGGUAUCGCCUGGACAUCUACGCCGAGGCGUUCUUUGAGGCCAUCAAGGAACUGGGUAUCCAACAAACUGUGGCCGUGGAAGGCGUGAACGGACCCGCGCCGCCCGACCUGGAACGGCGCAUCACCUGCGUAUAUUCACAACCACAUAUGCGGGCGCAGCUGGAGCGACACGGCGUGCAAUUCUCCAGCUAUGGCAGUCGAGGUCGGCAAGGCCCCACCAUUGGCAUGGCGCUGGUGUCCGUGGCUCACUACGAAUAUCCCGACGUGCAAAUGUUCCGCAUGGGGGCGAUGGCCCCAAUGUAUCCAUUCAUGACGAGCAACAACAACCAGGUGGGUAUCACCCAGGACCAUCGGGCUUAUUACGAUAUCCUGCGCCGGCUUCGCUCGUUGUUCAAGAUUGAAAUGGACCUGUCUGAACUGGAGGAACUGGGCACGCGGGAAGGCCGGGAACUGUUGGAGAACCUGGAACGCCUGGGAACCACCAACAACGAAGCCAAACAGAUAAUCGACCAGGUUCGACUGGACUACCAGUAUACGCCCUACGUAGAACCGGUAGAAUUGGACCCGGCACUGGAUCAGGCGUUGGAGAACAUACUGCGAGAUAUCCCCGAAGCCGAGCAGGAACCGUAA